AUGGUGCCCACGCCCCAGGUGUGCGUAUCAACCCUGGUCACGGUGAGCACAAUGGCAGUGGUGGACCUCUAUCUACUGGAGCAGAGUAUGCUGGGGGCUCGUGGUGUCCCAGGACCCAGUGUCUGGCAGUGCAUGGCAGUGUUGCUAGGCGAUGUGGGAUUCCUGCUUGCACUGCGGUUUGUGUCAGCAGGCGUGGUGUCGGAGGCCCGCUCCCCACGCCGUGGUUUUGCCAAUGCCCUCUGGUUCCUCUUUCUGUCCAUGCUUCAGCUCAAGCUCUUCUUCAUCUGCCAUAAUUACCGUCAGGAGCGCCGGCCACCUGACCCCCUGGCCAGGAAAACCUUGACAGUGCUGCUGUCCAUUUGUCUGCCCUCCCUCUUCCUCAUUCUGACUGGGACAGACCACAUGACGCCGCUGAGCAGGAAACAGGAGGUGCGAGGUCGGCUACUGUGGGUAGUGGUCGACCUGCUGGAUGUGUUGGACCUGCAGGCUGGGUUGUGGGAGGCCAAUGGAGGGUCUUGGGCAGGGGCUGCCUUUGAGCAGGGGCUGCCCAUCUGGGCUGAGGGCCUGGUCUUCUUUUAUUGUUAUGCCCUCCUCCUGCUGCUUCCAUGCGUAGCCCUCACAGAGCUGGGGGCUACUGGCCUGCCAGGACAAAGGGGACCCCACAAGGAGGCUUUAUAUCCUUGGCUCAGCUUGGUCACCAUCAAUAUCUUCACUCUGGUGCUAAGGGGCACAGGCAUGCUGUGGUACAGGGACCCCCGUGUCUCUACUGUGUUCCUAGGAAAGAACCUGCUGGCUUUGGCAGUGAAGCUGAGCUCAGCUUGGGAAAGACACAGACGGGAACAUAGGGCCCAGGGAACAGGGAGUGUGGUUGGGGCAGAGCCAGGGGACUCCACCCAGCCAAGCCAGAGCUCAGAGCAAGGAGAGGAGCAGGCCCAGGGGAAAGCCUUCUCUGCACCGCCCUCCCAUUAUCACACGCUGUCCUCCUCCCAAGGCCACAGCCACAGUCUCUCCUGUGUCAGCCUGGAGCCCACAGAGACCUCCUUAGGACCCUCUUUCAUCUCUCAUGAACUCUAG